AUGACAGAUACUCUCAAGCCAUAUCGCAUCCCCCAACUCGAAGGCGGACAUCGUCCAGGCUCGGAUGCCAUCUUCAACUCUCACAGCAAAGAUGAUAUCCUCUCCGGGCUCAAAGAAUGGAAUUCCCAGCGCGUUCUUCUAGUCCACAGCAAAGCUCUCGCCAAAAAUACCUCAGUUAUCUCCGAUCUAAAAGAAGCUCUCGGGAAUCGUCUUCUCACGGUCAAAGAAGGCGUCGGCUCUCACUCCCCAUACGAAGAUGUCAUCGACAUCGCCCACCGUAUCACGGAUCAUAAGAUAGACUGUGUCAUCAGCGUUGGCAGCGGUUCAUACUCCGACGCUUGUAAAGUCGCACGGCUAAUGUCCGCUACCCUCCCCGAAGGAUUUGACGAAAAAGACAUGGAAGACCUUCUUGAUCAAGAGAAAGGAGUGGCGCCGCAGGAUAAAAUGAAGAAGGCACAGGGUGUGAAGCUUAUUCUCGUGCCUACGAGUUUAUCAGCCGGAGAAUGGAAUCAUACAGCGAGUUGUACAAACAGCGCUGGGAAAAAGCAGCAUUUCUCACUUCAAGAUGGUGGUGCGCCGGAUUUAAUCCUCAUGGAUCCAUGGGUUGCGAGAACAUCGCCCGAAGAACUUUGGUUGAGCUCUGGGAUACGAGCUGUUGAUCAUUGCGUUGAGACGCUAUGCAAUCCUGAAUGCGCAAAGUACCCUGACGUGCAAGAAUGGUGCGGAAAGGCAUUGCGAGACUUGACAAAGGGGUUGGUUGAAUAUAAAGAGGGUUUGGGCAGGGGAAAAGAAGGUGAAGAUGAGCUUGUUCAUGGCGUGAGCAAGUGUCAAGCCGGAAGUCGCAUGGCGCUCAUGGGCUUUAUUAUUUACAGAAUCAACAUGGGCGCCAGUCAUGCAAUUGGCCAUCAACUCGGUAGUGUUGGGAAGGUUAUGCAUGGUAUUACGAGCUGUAUUAUGCUUCCGCCCGUGCUGCGAUACACCAAGGCGCGAAACCCCGAGGCGCAGGCCAAAAUUGUGAAGAUCUUCAAUGAGACGUUGGGGUGGGAGGAGACUGAGGCGGGCGAUUGCGUUGUGCGGCUUGUCAAGGUUACAGGGCUGCCGAGUACGUUGAGAGAGGUUGGCGUUACGAGUGAUGAGCAGAUUGAGCAGAUCAUCGACAAGACCAUGACAGAUGUCAUGUUCUCGUUUGGCAAGGUCUUAACCAGGGAAGAAGUAUCUGAGAUUGUGUACUCAACUAAAUAA